UUUAAGUUUCUAAAGACACGUGCUCGAGGGCAGGGCGUUCUCCCGGCUGGGCCCGCCCCGCCCCGCCCCGUCCCUGCCCCACGGGCAGGUGCACGAGGCUUGGCGCUGCUGCUGCUCGGGAUCGCGGGGCCCGGGGCUCUGCAGCCAGGCAGGGUUCCCUCCCCACGAGUGAUGCCGUGAUGCGGGUAGUGCUGCCUGCCUGCAUUUGUUCCUGCUCCGUGGCCUGUCAGUUUGUGACCCUACCCGCGGGUGGGCCGUGAUUUUGGCUGGAGGGUCACUUAGGGAGUUUUGGUGAUGGGGGGAGGGGGUUGCUGAUUCAGCCUGCUACAGCUCACUAAAACUCCCUAAGUGCCCUGCGCGCAGCUGGGCAGCUGGGAUGGGGCCUCCGGCAGCUGGGAUUGGGGCCAGGGCUGGGAUUGGGGUCGCAGGACGGUGAUAGCGCAAGGCCAGGCAAGAGCCACAGUCCGCUCCCUGCACGCCCCUGCAACGAUGCCGGUUCUGCAGGCAGGGCGGGUGGGGAGCAGAUUGCGCUCUGCCCUGGGCCUGGCCCUCUGCUGUCACCACCCCAUGGUCCCAGGGUCUCCAUAAGGGCCGGCUCCAGAUCCAGGGACAGUGGCCAGGAGCAGCACAGGCAGGACCCGCAGCCAGGCAGAUAGCAUGGGGCCACGGGUGGGCUGGACGGGCAGGGCCUGGAUCUUGAAGCAGUGACAGCACGGGACCAGGGCUACGUCUGGGGAUGGGACACAGCUGCGAUCCACUCCCCACCAUCCGUGCCCGUGGAACCAGCGCCUGUUGCAGGGAAUUCGCCCCAGGUCCCAGCCCCACACUUUCACAAUUUCCAGGCCUGCCUUCCCCUCCCACUUCUGCAGCCCCAUCCCAACCACCCGGCCACACACCCUGCCCAUGCAGGUCCCAGCCCUGGUAGUGGGUGCGGAGCAGACAAGCCAGGGUGCCCAGGCAGCGGGGCUGGGUCCAGCAGCAGCAGCUGGAAGGAGCCACUACCAUUGCUGGGGCUGCUGGAAAAUGGAGUCCGGCAGCCUUGCUGCCCCACCCCUAGUUGCUGUGCUAGUUGCUGGGAAACAUACCAAACCCGGCAGUCCCAGGGAGUUAGAGGAUCCUCUGCUGGGAGCUGACUCUCUUUUGCUUCUGUCAACCAGUAUCUGCCCCCCCCCCCCCCCCCCCGGCCCGCCCCCCCCAUGCUGCUGGUUUGGAGAUAAGGGCAUAAAUUCCCUGGCUGUACCCAUCUGCCCCUUUGUCCUUUGUAGGUUUUUCUACCACAUUCAACACCAGAUGACGUCAGAGGAAAACUGGAGGACAGAGGAGGGUAGCCCUCCGAACUUUGUAGCUAAAUGGCCAAAGUGCAUGCUCAGGAAACAGAAGACACAGGUUCUAAACUCCCCCUCACCUAGAUGGAGGUUGAAUCUGCAUCUCACUCCUUAGCAAAGUGCACCAAACACUAGGCCAAGGCUAAAAAUUUCCCUCCCCGCCCUCCUGUUGAAGGGGAGCCCCAGAGCAGCUAAGUGGGAAAGACGGAUAGGGCUAGAAGACUUUACUCUGCGAUUGAGAUGAGUACUGUCAUGGCAGCGUGGGGGCCCUGGACAUAUGAAAGGCAGGUCUGAGAGCUGCUCCUUCCGCUUGGAGGUGGCAGUGGUUAGGAACAAGGCACACUGAGCCUGAUUCUGCCCUGCCCUGAAGCUAGGAUGCUUGUUUCCACUUGCGUAGGCUGGAAGCAGAGAGCAGCGUGGAGGUGAUCGGGGCAGCUGGCCUAACGUACCUUGCACAGCAGUCUUUUCCACAGGAGUCCUGUCUGUCUUGACCCUCUAAAUCUGUGGACAGCUGCUGCAACCACCCUAGAGCUGACCAGGGAGAGGAGAGUGCUGUGCAUCCUGCCGUCCCAGGCCCCUGUGUCACCUUGAGAGUGCCCAUGUGUCAGCUUGAGAAUGCAGAGGUGGGGGGAGAAGGGACCCCCUCCAAGGAGAAGUACCUCUUAGAGUCUUCCCAGCAUUUGACUAGAAACACAGAGAGCAGCAUGGAUGGGAAUGGAGAGCAGCCCUUUGGGAGUGAACCCCUGUUCACAAAGCAGAAUGGCACAGUAGAUGUGGAGCAAGGAGAAAAUCCAGCUUGCUUGCCUAAAUACAAGUUACCACUUGUUCGUGGAGGGAUAGGCGUCCUGGUAGUCAUAGUAGUAGCCUUGACAAUUGCAGUUGCCCUUCUUGCUGAAAAGAAAUGCGACUCCUUUGUCAUGCGUUGCCCAGAUGACUGGAUUGAAUACCAAGGGAAAUGCUUUUAUUUCUCAAAUGAUAAAAAGAGCUGGGACUCCAGUCAGACCUCCUGCUCUUCACUUGGUGCCUCUCUGGCCAGGAUUGACACCCAGAAGGAGAUGAAUUUCACCAUGCGCUACAAGGGGCAGGCUGAGUACUGGAUCGGCCUGAGGAGAGAGCAGGACCAGCCCUGGACCUGGGUGAACAGCACAGAGUUCAACAGCCUGUUGUUCAGAGUGCAGGCAGACGGGAACUGUGCCUACCUGAGCCACAACUUUGUUGGCUCCACAGGGUGCUCCACACUGCGCCACUGGGUCUGUACCAAGCCCCACAAGACAACCAGGGCAGAGGAUGACUUGAAGCCAGGCGCACGCAGGUGGAUAGCCUCAUGAACACAGCAGCGGCCUAUGGUGCGGCACCAGGGUGUGUCCCCCAUUGUAUUAGCAUGGAUAAGAGGUGGGCGGUGCCAGGGUGCAUCCCCGCUGCACCAGUAUAAUUACGAGGUGGGCGGUGCCAGGGUGCAUCCCUACUGCACCAGUAUAACUGACAGGUGGGCAGUGCCAGGGUACAUCCCGACUACACCAGUAUUAUUGAAAGGUGGACAGUGCCAAGGUGCAUCCCUGUUGCACCUGCAAAUCUUGGAAGGCAGGUGGUGUGAAUGCUCAUCACUGCUUGUCAUAGCAUAAGGGAGCUGGCAUAUGGCUUAUCCCUUCCCAGCUUGUCUGAGGCAUCAGCUGGGAUAUCUGGCAGUCAGUGCAGACAGCCUGUGUGUGUGUCCAGCCAAAAGUCUGCUAGGCCACUGUGGAAAGCAGUCAUGUCCUAAUAACUCUGCCCACUGGAGCUGCAGAUUAGCUGCUUUGUGCUAACAAAGGGCUGAUAGCUCCCCAGACUGGCAGCUUCAUAAACAGAAAUUUGCUUUUGCCAUGACUAAUGGCUCCUGAAUGGCCUAAAGGUAACACAUGCAAGUGUUAAACUGCAGAAAGGGGUUGCUCUGAGCCUGAGCAAUAGGAAGAGAAGACAGUAACUACUAUAUACUUAAUAAUCCUGUAAGGCAAUUGGUAGCAAUCGUAUAUUAGUUAUGCUGCACGGUUCAGUGUUAAUACAGUGCUUAUAUUAACCAUUGAUAGUACAGUACAUUCAGAUAUUAACAGCUGAUAGCAUUAGUCACCUUUCUGAGGCACUCUAGCAUGAUCCCCAGCUCUCUGCAGAUGAUCUGUUACCAAAGGGCAGGCAACCCUAGUUGCUUGGACAGCACUGUCGUAUCGAAAAGAGUAAUGUGACCAACAGGAAGAUGUGCUGAAACGAUCAUUAUCAGAGGCAAGACAAGGUUUCCAUGUUUUACACAGAGCAUUACUCAUGCAAUUGUUGCACUAAAUAAUCUGUAUGAAGUGAAUCCAUAGCAGAGACACCUAAAGUUUUUAUGGCAUAUAUUUCUAGCUAUAUUUGUAUGCAUCAGUAUUCAAAUAAAUGAAAUAAACAAA